GAAGGGUGGUUUUUACUCGUGACAAAGUCAGGGUCAUAGUCAGAGCACUCAUCACCUAGUGAAAAUCAAAAAUCAGAGUUGCAAGGGAAGUGAUAACUAGAAGCUUGAUGGAAUUGGAGUCAUCACAACUUUCUACUCUUCAGAUUCUGCUUAUGAUGUAGAAAACCAGAUUAAGCAGUGGUGUAAUCGUCGAAGGAUAAACCACUUACCAGUCAAAAUUCUUGUUCCCAUGCUUUAUAGUUUUCACUAGAUCAACACUCUAUGCUUUUGAUUACAGUUCCGACUCUGUAUCUUACUACUAAACCAGCCCAGCCCUUAAUGACUUGGCAAAUGUUUUAAACUAUAUUUUACUCCACAGAUAUUAUGUUUAAAAAAUCUUGCCAAAUCUUGGUCUAUAAGAGUGAAAGAAAACUUCCAUGAAAAAAAAAUUUUGACAAUUUGGCUACACCUUGCGAGGUUGUCCUGAAUUAACAUUCAGCAAGAACUGAGGUAUUUGCCAAGUCAUUAAAAAAGGGAGGAAACAUUGACAAGUGUCUACCCCAGUCCACUUUCAAGCAAUGCCUGAUCUAGAAAAGUCAAGAUGGCUUUGCAUUGGGUGUAUGAUACAUUAAAUACAUAAAAACACCCAAGCAAUAUUAUCACUGCAUCAAUCUUCUUCUGAGAAAACUGACAAAUAAUGCCUCCCUUUGUCACAACAAAAUCCUGAAUUUUCCUGUCAACAUCUGCAUCCCUCUGCAAUAAAAACAAAUGUUGUAAUUUUAGAAAUGAUAAAAACAAUAAUCAAAACACAACAAACAGUUACUGCAUACACAUAAAAAGUCAGUAUGGUCACAACAAUACUAUUGUAAAAAAAAUGUUGGUUUAAUUACUUCUUUCCAGUUUUCAGGUAUGCAUGUAUAAAUGUAUGUAUAAAUUAUAGUUUGUUGAAUUAUGCUUCCUUUAUGUUAUGGGAAAAAGAAUGACAGCAUAAUUAUGUCUAAUACAUUCACACAUCAUUGAGGAGGUAAUUACAGUGUGCAUGUCCUGAUACAAGAAGAUUAUUUUAGUACAUCUAUUUCUCACCAGUCAAGAAAUUUUGCAGCUGUAAGUCAAAAUUUAUUAAGUAUUAUAAUGUAGCCAUUAUUAUUCUGUGAGAUUUGGUGUAGUCUGGUGACGGGAAUGGCCCCCAAGGGAUACCUUCAUAACAAAAAAGCUAAAUUCCAUCUCAAUUUUGUCUGACUUCCACUUGUAUCUGGGCUUCCCAAGCAUUUAGGGUUCAAUGUACAGUUGAGUUUGUAGUACUCCUGUGGUAUUUUGAAUCACAAUAUCAGGAAAAACAUUGUAUUCCCAAAACACCUACCUCUACAAUAGUGAUAAAUUCCUCCCAAGGUCCUCUUAGCACUCCGAUCAAUGCCGCAGAACCUUGUUCACUACCCAAAGGAUGCCCGCCUUUCUAUUUCUGCCAUAGGAGAAAUGUUAUUAAAUUAAAACUGGUUGACUUGGAGCAACAAGUUUAUUUACACACAGUUCUGAGUAAUUGUGGGAGCAAAUUGACUGACAGACCCUCUUACCUCAAUCACACCUGCAGAAUUCUGCAACCUAAAAUUCUAUUUCCUAAUUUUAUGCAUAACAUGAGAAGACACACAGGGCUUGCACUGUAAGUAUUUGAGAGCUCCAUACAAUUCCUUAUAAUUUUGUUAUAAGGAAUUGUAUGGAGCUUUCGAGGAGACUUUUCUUAAUUAGCUUAGGCGCGGCGGAUUUGGUCACGUAUGAUCAGCGCGGGUGUUUUUCCCGACACCCUUCUGUCAGGAAAAUGUCAUCAUAUGAAAGCAAACCAGACACGAUCGCAUCGGGCGGCCAAGCCGGCAAAAAUAUUUAAAAAGGAUUUUCUUCUUCCAUUUCAGAGGUCAGUUUUGUUUCGAUCUGGUCAAAAAUCAGGUUUUUAGGUUGUAGGUAAUAAAAUAUUGUCUUAUUCUGUUCUCAAGGACCUUUAGAAAACGAGACAAACGAGAUAAUUGACUAGAGAAAGAAGCAUGAAAACGCUUUUUUGAAGAAAAUAUUUUUUAAUUCCUGCAGCGAUUUUUGCGAAAUCGCUGCGCAAUAUAUUCAGUUUCUUCUAAUGCCUUCAUGAUUAAGCAGUGUAAUGCCAUCACAACUAAAAAUGAAUUCAGUUUGUAUCGCAAAAGCCGGGAAAAUAGAGCUGAAAAAAAAAUGGAUCAGAAAAAUUAAUAAAAUCACCAAGAAACCGUCUCGCUGGAGCUUUGUCAAACAAACCUUUGGUACGGUUUAUUUAACCUAACCUGGAAAAGGAGACGCCUGCACGCAGAAUACAUUUCAUACUACAUGUAGUUGUAAUUUCCAGAACGGACCUCGGGAACUUCAUUGCCGUAAUAUCUUCUACAUUACAGAAACCACAGCAGAAUCGUCCUGCUCGCUUGCUAACUUUCCGCUCCAGUUAUGACUAUACAGUAGUAUACCAGUGAAUUGUUUCAAAAUUUAAAGCGGCGGAAACUUAUUUCCAUCAGCGCCGUAGUUAGCUAGUUAAGCAAUAAUAAUGCACAGCACUGUAAAUAACAUGGUUCUAGAAUAUCUGACGGCUUCAAGUUUUGUUUGUCGCUGCAUGCGAUUUAAUCGCUUAUAACCUAACAGAAAAUGUACAUGUACCUGAAGGAAAUACCGUGUAUUACCUUACCUUAACGCUGUGAUGUGUGUAAAUUUGUCUUUUGCUAUGGUUUUAGACAAUACGACUUCUCCUGACUAUCAAUUGUGCGUCAAAACAAAGCGCGAUAAUGAAAUAGUCUAAGUGCCAUGGUGUAGCACUUUAUGACAAAGUUUUAACUGGAAAACUUGUUACUAUCUGAUGUACACCUGUAUAGUCUAUGUUUGUAAGCUCUGCCUAAAGAAUCACUGGGUUACACUGCACCCAUGGGUGUGCCACCUAAAGUGCAGCCUAUGUUUGUUAGCUCUACCUAAAGAAUCACUUGGUUACACUGCACCCAUGGGUGUGCCACCUAAAGUGCAGCCUAUGUUUGUUAGCUCUACCUAAAGAAUCACUUGGUUACACUGCACCCAUGGGUGUGCCACCUAAAAUGCAGCCUAUGUUUGUUAGCUCUACCUAAAGAAUCACUUGGUUACACUGCACCCAUGGGUGUGCCACCUAAAGUGCAGCCUAUGUUUGUUAGCUCUACCUAAAGAAUCACUUGGUUACACUGCACCCAUGGGUGUGCCACCUAAAGUGCAGCCUAUGUUUGUUAGCUCUACCUAAAGAAUCACUGGGUUACACUGCACCCAUGGGUGUGCCACCUAAAGUGCAGCCUAUGUUUGUUGCCUCUACCUAAAGAAUCACUUGGUUACACUGCACCCAUGGGUGUGCCACCUAAAGUGCAGCCUAUGUUUGUUAGCUCUACCUAAAGAAUCACAGGUGGACUCGAAGUAGGACAAACCUUGUGAUUUUUUUCGGCGCCCCUUGCGCGCAAACUAAUUCAUUCUGGCGCAAAAUGAAGAUUAAGAAAAUGUAUCUGAAAUCUAAUACACGACAAGAAAAUUUUCGCACUUUCGAGGAGCGCGACAUAUUAAAUGGGAUUAAGUCGGAUUAGCUGCCCUUGGAGAAAACAUCCCUGUGUGGGAUGGUACUUCCAGUAAAAAGCCUCUGUGUCCUCUCAUGUUUAUUAUUAUAAUUCACAUUAUUGAAGCAGAAUUCUGCAACCUAAAAUUCUAUUUCCUAAUUUUAUGCAUAACUUUAUUAUUAUAAUUCACAUUAUUCCUUCAACCCUUUAAGCCUUGAGAGUGAUCAGCAUCAAAUUUCUCCUUGAAAUAUCAAUGCUUUGUAAAACAGAGUGUUCAUGAGAAUUAUGGACAUGAUCACACAAUCUGCUUGAUAUUUUAUCAACUUCUUCCCACUACUUCUGUAGGAAAUGAAUAGGGGCAACAAAUGAGCAUUCAAAUUUUGAUCUUAGGGUUAAAAGGGUUUUAAAUUUCUAUUUUUAAAGCAUAUAUUUUGCACUUUUUUUAUCAGACAAGAGAAAUAAUACAUUGGUAAGGUAAACCUUACUUAAAACAGAACAAGUACUGAAAUCUACAGUGUAAAUGUAUAACCAGACCACACCAUCCUUACCAUCUUCUUUAGUUGAAAUGGCUUUAAGGUUUUUUCAUUAGAUAUGUUUAUCAUUCUCCCUGUUUUAAAUAGGGGACAGUGAGGGGAUGGAAGAAGUGCUUUUUAACUCCUCCACUGGCUUAACUACAGAAUACAGGGUCACUUAUUUCCUUAUCAUUAGAUAAUAAAAUUAAAAACAUCUAAUGACCCGUUCUUCAAAGCCUUCCGACAAGGUGGACUUGAGUAACCUGAAUUCUGUUUCAUCAAACGUGGUUAAAAUAGCUCAGUCUUUUGCAUUUGGUAGAAAGAGAGCGAAUCAGGGCGGCUUACCUGGUCUUACUAUCGGCUUUUUCCAGCAAAGUCUUGAUUCUUGGAGAGCGUUUGUUAUAUUUGUGCAGUUCAUCUUGAAAAUCGUUGCGCCUCACGAGGCUUCUGUCUCCGAUUCUUCACGACGAACUUCAAGAGCGAAGUGAUGGAUCAACGACGGCUCAUAGUUCGAAAAUAAUUAGUAACAACACCUUGAAUGUCCUUUGAUGCUGUCGAGAAGUAUAAUGCAAGACUCCUGAUCCCCAAAGAAACUGGCAUGUUCGCAACCGUUGCAGUACUUUCAAAAUGGACGCCAAAAGGACAACACCAAAGAGCAUGUGCAAAAGGAAAGCCCGCUGACCAGUUGUGUAUUGUUUCCAAAAAUGCUUUCGAUUGUUUACAUGUCGUGUCAUUUUUAGCCUGCGUGGCAGGCGUUCGAAAUUUGAAAAACCUUUAACUUAUGAAUCAGAAAAUAUAUGUACAUGAUGGCUGGGUCUUUGUUUGCUAUCAAUACCGAGGGAUAUUGUACUGUAACGCCCUCCCAGCGUUUAGUUUGCGUGACGCAUCAUGUAAUGUUAUCGAUAUUGAAAUCACGUGCAGAACAUUCGGGGGCGUGAUUGUA